AUGCGUUCUACUCACAUCACCCGAGCUGCUGUUAUUGGAGUUUUCGCCAAUGUGAUUGAGGUGUCGUCCCGCCCUGCAAUGUCACCCGUGCCGGCAUUACCAAUGGUACCGGCUGGGCCGCCAGCGCUCAGCGCUCCAGUGGAGAUGAUGAACAACGCACCCCAAGGCACCGGAAUCAACAGGGCGGCCGCGGUUGCUCCCAAUGCAACUCCCGCCGCUUCCGAAGUUACCACUCCACCUGCGGCCAGUAGCCCGCCCAGCUCAUCCUCGACACCUGCCAAGUCAAGUCCUGCAUCUUCUCCCGCAGCCGCUUCUCCCUCCACCGCGGCCCCUCCUGCCGGCGCUUCCUCGGAGGCAGCAGCUCCGGGCAGUGCUCCUGCCACUCCAGCAGCUGCUCCAGCUAGUGCAGCCGCUCCGGCCAGUGCAGCCGCACCUGCGCCUGUGACCGCGCCUGUGACUGCGCCUGUGACUGCGCCUGUGACUGCGCCUGCCUCUUCCGUAGCGGCUGCUCCCGCCCCCAGCGUUCCUGCAGCGACGACUGCUCCAGUUGCGGCUGCCCCUGCCACACUGAUCGAUUCGACUGAUGCAUCUUCGCGAGCCGUCACGGCUACCAAUAAACCAUCAAUCCCUAUUCCGGUCGAGACCUUUGCUGCCGCCAACUCGACUACAAACGCAGCAGUCAGAAACACCGCCGCUUCCUCUCCAAACUCAGCGGAUGCUUCAUCUGUAGCCAAUUCCCAUGCAACCUUACCAACGGCUAGUCCCUACAUUGUAGCUGCCCUUUCUUUAUUAUUCUUGUGA